CUAGGAAAAACACAUCACAACUUCACUACCCAAAAACAAAUUGAAACCGCACCUCCACUGAGAGCGAGCCGCUGAUUCAAGUUUCCCAUCUUCUUCCGGGUCCAUUCUCAUCAUAUUCUCGCGAGAAUUUCAAACCCACUUCAAAAAGCUGAGAGCUUCAAACUUGGGUGGGAUCUGGUCUGGUCCUUCUUCACGUGGAAGCAAUGACGAUGCUUCACCUCCACAGCUUCUUCUUCUCCAACUUGGCUGAAGCUCUAAUCUUGUGGUGAAUGCACAAGAGGGUCAACAAUGAAGCGACCAAAGUCACAGUUCAAGUGGAAGCGCAAGCUGUUCGCUUUGGUUUUGAUGUGCUUGUGUUUUGGGACAUUGGUCCUUCUUAUGCACACUCACUUCUCUCGGGUUAUGACUCUCGCUUCAAUUCGUCCCCAGAUGAUGACAUCAAUCCAACGGCCCAAGAUUGCCUUCUUGUUCAUCGCACGCAAUCGGCUGCCGUUGGAUAUGCUCUGGGAUGUUUUCUUUCAGGGUGGAGAGAGUAAGUUUUCGAUUUAUGUGCACUCCAGGCCGGGAUUUCUGUUCAAUAAGGUCACCACCAGAUCAGAAUUUUUUCGGAAUCGUCAAGUCAAUGAUAGCAUACAGGUAGAUUGGGGAGAGGCGACUAUGAUUGAAGCAGAGCGGAUAUUGCUCAGACAUGCGCUUGAGGAUCCUCUUAAUCAACGCUUUGCUUUUGUUUCGGAUAGCUGCAUCCCUCUUUACAAUUUCAACUAUAUAUAUGACUAUGUCAUGUCAACAAGAACCAGUUUUGUAGACAGCUUUGCUGAUACAAAAGAUGGCCGCUACAAUCCAAAAAUGCAUCCUAUUAUUCCUGUACAAAACUGGAGAAAAGGAUCUCAGUGGGUUGUGUUGACUAGGAAGCAUGCGGAGGUUGUAGUGAAAGACAAUACAGUGUUUCCUAUGUUUCAGUUGUAUUGCAAGAGGAAGUCGUUACCUGAGUUUUGGCGUGACCGUCCUGUUCCAGCUGAUAACUCCAAGGAGCACAAUUGCAUUCCAGACGAGCAUUAUGUUCAGACAUUACUGGCGCAAGAAGGUCUUGAAGGAGAAAUCACGCGAAGAUCACUGACACACUCAUCUUGGGAUCUGUCAUCCACUAUAGACCGUGAGCGCCGUGGAUGGCACCCUAUGGCUUACAAAUAUUCAGAUGUCACUCCCAUGCUGAUUAAAUCCAUAAAGGAUGUAGAUAAUAUCUACUAUGAAACUGAGUAUCGAAGAGAGUGGUGUAGCAGCAAGGGGAAACCCUCUCCAUGCUUUCUUUUUGCGAGAAAAUUUACCCGGCCUGCUGCUCUCAGGCUUCUCAACACGAGUACACUGGAGCUAAGGUGAAUGACUGAAUUCUAACUGCGGUCAAGAUUAUUCAGCUACACCAGAUACCAGUGUCAAACUGUUUUAGAGAUAUGUACGACAGCUACAGUAAGAAAUAGAAUUGUGUAAAUGUGUAUUUACUAAUUACCAUGUUGUAUAUGUAUAUUUUCUUUUAGAAAAACAAA